CGGAAGCGGGCUGGGGAGACAUGGAGAACUGUUUGGCGGCCGCGGCGCUGAACGGGGUGGACCGACGUUCCCUGCAGCGCUCGGCUAGGCUGGGUCGAGAAGUGCUGGAGCGGGCCAAGAGGAGGGCGGUGGACUGGCAGUCGCUGGAGUGUCCCAGAGGCAGCAUGGGGCUUUUUUCCCGGGAGAUGCCCCACCAGGAAAGACGGCCCGCAGCCGUCCCCCAGCGCCGUCUCCAAGGAGAGAGAGAAGAAAGACACCCAACCCUUAGUGCUUCCUUCAGAACAAUGGCUGAAUUCAUGGACUAUACUUCAAAUCAGUGUGGGAAAUAUUAUUCAUCUGUGCCAGAGGAAGGAGGGGCAACCCAUGUCUAUCGUUAUCACAGAGGGAAGUCGAAGCUGCAUACAUGCUCAGACACAGGGACCGGUCAGUGCUCAACAGAAAUGUGUAAAUUUGCAGCUUUAGAGAACUUAGAAGAAUGA